CCGUCCAGCUCCAGAACUCUUCUCCCUCCUCUCACCUUCCCUACUAGCAGUACUAGCUAUACUAGCUAGCUUAAUUAUGGGUGAGGCGGGCGCCAACAUGGCCCACUGGUCUGGGCUCUACGGCGGUGGCGGCGGAGGGAGCUCGAAUAAUGGGCCGGACCAGGGCGGCGGCAGCGUGGUGACGGUGUCGAGCCCGACGUCGGGGGGAUCGGGCGGCGGGACGAGCCCGGCCCGCUCGGCGCCCGGCGUCGAGGCGGGCCGGGUCGGCAAGCCGGCCCGCCGCCGGUCCAGGGCGUCCCGCCGGGCCCCCGUCACGCUGCUCAACACCGACACCUCCAACUUCCGCGCCAUGGUGCAGCAGUUCACCGGCAUCCCCUCCGGACCCUACGGCCCGCCCGGCGCGAACGGCCCCGUCAUCAGCUUCGGCUCCGGCGCCGACUACAGCAUCGGCGGCGGCGCCUUGCCGGUGCGCCCGGCGCCGACGUCGGCCGUCAUGUCCUUCGACCACCACCACCACCUCGGCCGCGGCCACCUCGCCGCCGCGCCGCCGCCGUCGUCUUCGUCGUCUCCGGCGCCGGCCGGGUUGCAGGGCCAGCUGUUCCGGCCGCAGCAGCACCAGCAGUACGGCGGCGGAGGCGAUUACGGCAUGCACCAUGGCGGCGGGGACAUGUUCCUGCAGGGGUUCGAGUCGUCGGCGGAGGACAGGAUGCUGCUGCAGAGCAUCCAGGCGGCGCACCAGAUGAUGCCAAGGCCGGCGUCCGCUAACAACACCAACGGCUACAACUUCGGUUGAUUAUCAAUUAACGACGACACUCCUGAUUAAUCAUUCAGAGAGCCAGGCCAGGAAGCAAGCUCUGCAUCCAUGAUCCAUCCAUGGUUUAAUUAACUUGCUUCCUCCGAUGCUCUCUGCAUGCGACCCCGACCGGCCGACGACGAUCGAUGCUGCUGCGGUUGUUGCAUCCACUGUCAAAACCGCUCCGUAAUUAAUUUUUGUUGGCCUUGCAGGUGUAGAGAUCAGUCAAAGUUAUGCAGGGUUAGCUGGGUUCAGUUAAGGCAGUGUAAUUAGCUGUAGUAAGUAAGCUACACUGUAUACUUAGAAGAAGAAGAAGGUGAAUGUGAAACGGAAGGAAGGCAUGUAAAUAUAGUUUUAGCUUUCGGUGCCGCGACUUGAUAAGCGAGGAAUCUUCUUUUAGAUUGUGUGGGAAGCAAAGUUGGAGACUACAAGCAACCGCCAAUGCAUGCAUCUGCCUGCCGCCCGCUAGCUGGUCAAGUCGCCGCGCCCCAUUCAUCACAUGUUGUUUUCCCCCUAAUAAAUGCGCCCUUUUCUGUCC